CGCAAAGGUCGAUAGUGUGAGCGAGGAAGUGGAAUGUUGCAGAUGUCGGCCUCGCCCUCAGCCCUACCGCGCCGAGACAUGUGAAGGACAAGCAUCUAGCCGGGUUCCUGCAUGCGGCAAGCGCAAAUGGACAAACAUCACCCAGACCCCAUCAACUUCUCUGCCCUGCGACGUCCGAGCCAGCCACGCUACCUCCCCCUUCCGCUCCUCGACCAUGCAGUCAUGGCCGACGCGACGACCUCCACCGCCAUCGCGCCCCGCGCCCCAAUGACGAGCGAGCAGCUGGUGGAGCUGGUCACCAAGGAACUGGAGGAUGAACAGGAGAGAGAGGCGAAGGCGGCGGCAGUCAUCGCGGGUGAACUGCCCAAGGACCAACAGACGGGCUCGACUUUGGACCUGAGCCAUAAGAAUAUCAGUGUGCUACCUGCGGAAGUGGUACUGCUGAUCAAAGACCGCGUGGAGAGGCUGGCACUUUCACACAACCGCAACAUACAAUUGCCAACCGAGAUUGCGCAGUGCGACCGGUUGCGAUAUCUGAACCUAAGAUGGAACAAGCUGAGGGCGUUUCCCGAGGCGGUGCUCGCGCUGCCCAAGUUGGAGAUUCUGGAUAUCAGCAAGAAUUGCAUAGACUCCAUCCCAGAGGACAUCAAGAAGAUGACCAACUUGAAGUUCCUGGCCGUUGCUCGCAACCAGAUUACGAGGCUACCGCUCGCGCUUGGCGAAAUGAAUCUGGUCAAGUUGAAGUUUGACGAGAACCCUAUCGAGUUUCCACCGCCUGAGAUUCUGAAGCCCAAUACAGACCGCAGCCUGGUGGAGUCGGAGAAGGAUAAAGACAUGUGCCAACAGGUGAAAAAGUUCAUGCGAACUGCUGCAAUGCGUGAAAGGCUAAUGGCGGACUCGGCCGAGGACUUGAGUAAUGCCGAGACUCCCCGUCCACCGAGGCGCGUCGUGACUGGUGGUCGCUUUCCGGUACGUCCUAGCAUCAGUGGCAUUGAAAAUAUUGAGGGACUGCCAAAAUCUGAGUCGCCGCCGAACGGACCACCACCCAUACCAAUGCGGUCACACGCUCGCGGCGUCUCGUCCGCUUCGAAUCUCAGCGUUUCCAAGAGGCCCGGCAUCACUCCUCUCCUCACCGGUGGUUUCGAUUCCAACAGAACUAGGAGUGAGACUGUUGCGACACCAGCAAGCAUUCGGAACCGUCGUCAAGGUUAUGUACCUCACAAACAUACGGGUCUGAAUUCUCUUGACGAGAUGUCGUCGCGGAUGUCUGCGCGCACAAGUCAGGCGUCAACACUGACACCGCCACACUCUCGCGCGCCCAGCGUCAACUCAGCUUACCUUGGCGUCAGUGGUGGAGAGAGCUCGUCUGGCGCCGUCAGCCCGGUGGACGGACCAGUGAGCAGGAUAGCGUUGUCGCGUACGCUUUCAAGCUUGCCGGAGAGCCGCAACUCGAUGGUGCCGACGAUGAACUCCAUCAAAGCCGUUAAGCGCGUCCUUUUCAUGCUCUUUUACAUGCACCGACCCCUCGCGGACAUCGCACAACAACUUGGCAAUGGGACCCCGCGUCGAUCGACACUCGAUAAGCAAUUACAGAGCGCGAACUUCAAGGUGGAAGAGCUGGAUCGGCUUAUACACAAGGCCAACCACAUCAUGGAAGACAACAUGGAAGUGGACAGCCAGACAUUGAUGCAGAUUGUGAGGACCGCGAUCCUGGCUUUGCGAUCAUACGUCUUUGUCGUCAAGGAGCUCAAUCGGAAUCGCCAACAAUGCGUCAAACGAGUUGACGCUUUCCAUGUUCGACAGGUCAUCAACUCCAUCUACGGCACUUUGUUAGAGGCGCGAAAUGUCUGUCAUCUGCUCGGCUUCAAGACAGUAGCUGCGAAUCCUCGAGAUACGCUGCGGGCAUCGCAAGCUUGGAGCAGCCGGACUGUCACUCCGACCCAGGCGAAGCCAUUUGCAGGUCCACGCCGAAGGGGCGCAACCAUCCUACCCAGUUCUAAUAGUGUUACGAACCUGCGCGGAAUGGCUCCUCCUGUGCCCUUGCACACGCCUUCGAGUCGAAGCAACACGAUGACAUCGAUGGGUGGCUCCACCACGCCUCGUUGGAACCAAUCUUUCUCUGACUUCUCCUCGAUGACACACAGCCGUGGACCAUCACGCAGCAAUACCAUCCGGAGCGUCACCGAGAACGAUGCAGAAGACAGCGCUGAUAGGAUAUACACGAAGCUCAAAACCUGCUGUGACCUGGCUGCAGCAACACUACCGCCAGUCCGCGCUGAUCUUCAGGGCCGUCGAUCUGCGGCAGACCGAUCGGGCAACAGUCGUCUUGCUGGACUUUACGCAUCCGCGAACCACAAGUGCGAGUCUGCCAUCGCAACCAAUAUGAAGCUUCUCGCGCGCUUAAAGACGAUGCGUGGUGGGGAUCCAGGACGAUAUCAGGCCGAGUUCAAGCAGAUGGCGGAGCAGUUCAGCAAGGACUGGGCAAAAUUCGCCGAUGAGCUCGUUAUACUCGCGCGAGAGGGUCUGGAUAUCGGUCAGAUUCGAGGCCGUCUCAAACCCCUCCAGCAAGCCUGUAAAGAGGUUACGCGUGCGGCACAGACCGCAUCCCCGGCAUCAGCAAGGCCUCCACCUUCGAAUGGAUUGCACAACGGCUUGCCGACCGCGCUCAACACUGCCUUGGCGCAACAAAUGGCAUCGGGCGCAGUGCCUCCUGUUCCGGCAACUCCUCUGGGAGCUGCCUUGGGUCCAGCCGUGCUGGCUACGGUACCACCGACACCAUCGACUGCAGUCAGCACGCCAGACUAUUAUAAUAGUUUCCCUCCGCUUCCACCCUUACCGACGAAUGUUCCGCCAAAUUCGCAGAGCAGGAGAAUGCCGCCGACAUUACCCCUUCCCAGCUAUCCCAAGCCAGGUUCGUGAAUACUUAAUGGGCGCGGCUAUCUGGAUUUCGGUUGAAUAGGAGUUUCUGGAUUUGCUUUUGCUCGACUCGGCGUGCGAGACUGCGGUACAUUCCAUGUUGCCAGGUUGGAAAGAUGAAGGCAUGGUCAGAUCCAAUCAAGCGGCAGGGACGCAUCACGACAUGAUGAGAUUACGAGACUAUGAUACCCAGGCAUUGACGGCCUUGUAGUAUUACCAGUGCAUAGCGUGGCACAUUGACAUGGAGGCGGGAUUGUACAAUGCACACUGUUAUUAGUAGAGGUAGAAGAAAAGGCGGCACUGAAAAUUUGUAGGAUUG